AUCAAAGCAAGUUCUUGAGUUGAAAAUGGAUACCCAUUUGAAGGAGCUAAGGCAAAGCUUCAGAAAUGGAAGAACAAGGAGCUUAGAAUGGAGGAAAGAACAGCUGAUUUCACUAAUUCACUUCAUUCAAGACAAAGAAAACGCCAUUUUUGAAGCUCUCUUCCAAGAUCUUGGGAAGCAUCCUGUCGAAAUUUAUCGAGAUGAGGUUGGAAUCGUUCUAAAAUCUGCAACCAACGCUCUGUCCUGUUUACACAAAUGGAUCGCUCCUAAAAAGAAAUACGUGCCAUUACUGUUCUUCCCAGCAAAAGGGGAAGUUUUGCCUGAGCCAUAUGGUCUAGUCCUCAUAAUUUCAUCAUGGAAUUUCCCCCUUUCUUUGGCAUUGGAUCCGUUAAUCGGAGCGAUAUCAGCAGGCAACACGGCGGUUCUAAAACCGUCGGAGUACGCUCCGGCGUGCUCGUCUCUUCUCGCUGCGACGCUUCCUCUUUACCUCGACGAUAAAGCCAUCAAGGUCGUGGAGGGCGGAGCUGAUAUCAGUGAACAGCUUCUGCAGCAGAAGUGGGAUAAGAUCUUCUUCACUGGUAGUCCAAGUGUAGCUAAGAUUGUGAUGUCUGAAGCUGCAAAGCAUCUAACUCCUGUAACAUUGGAGCUUGGGGGAAAGUGUCCUGCAAUCUUUGAUUACUCCUCUGUUCUUUCCAAUAUGAAGGUAGCUGCUAAGAGAAUCGUCGGAGGAAAAUGGGGACCGUGUUCGGGUCAGGCGUGUAUAGGGAUCGAUUACUUGCUUGUUGAGGAUAAGUUUGCUUCAGAAUUGAUCGAGUCGUUAAAGCGAGUGCUGAAGAAGUUUUACGGUGAAAACUCGAGAAAUUCGACGAGUAUAGCUCGGAUUGUUAACGAGAAACAUGUUGAAAGGAUCAGUAAUAUGCUUAAUGACCCUAAGGUUGCUGGUUGUAUUGUCCAUGGUGGUUUAAUAGACAAACAAAAAUGCUUCAUUGAGCCGACAAUAUUGUUGAAUCCUCCGAUCGAUGCUGAUAUCAUGACCGAAGAAAUCUUCGGUCCCGUGCUACCGAUAAUAACGCUGGAUAGAAUCGAAGAAAGCAUUGAGUUUAUCAAUGCAAGACCGAAACCUCUAGCUAUCUACGCCUUCACGGAAGACGAAACGCUAAAGAAACGGAUUAUAUCCGAAACAUCAUCAGGAAGUGUCACGUUCAAUGAUACCAUGGUUCAGUUUGUGUGCGAUUCGCUACCAUUUGGUGGUGUCGGCCAGAGCGGUUUCGGGAGUUACCAUGGCAAGUAUUCUUUUGAUGCAUUCAGCCAUGACAAAGCAGUGUUGCAGAGAAGCUUUUUGAUAGAACUCGAGCCACGAUAUCCGCCAUGGAACGAUUUCAAGCUCAAGUUCAUUAGAUUGGCAUAUCGAUUCGACUAUUUCAGGCUAGUACUACUCCUUUUGGGGUUAAAGAAGUAGAAAUUUUAGAUGUACUGUAAUCGAUAUCUACUCAUAAACUUGAUAUCAUAUCAUGAACUGUAAUCGAUAUCUACUCGUAAACUUGAUAUCAUAUCAUGAACUGUAAUCGAUAUCAUACUCGUAAACUUGAUAUCAUAUCAUGAACAAUAAUAAAUAUCGGUUGAUUUUAUAUCC